AGUCAGGCUUGAAGAGGCGGAAAAAAAAGAACAAAUAAACCUGGAUUUGCGGUCUCAUCGGCAUCCGGUGAGGGAUAUGAAGAAGACAGAUAAGAACAUGGAAAUGAACUGUAAGGGUUUGAAAGGACGACAGGGGAAAUUUGUUGUCCUCAUCUUUUAUCUCCAGAUGUUGUUCAGCCCCGUGGCCGAAGCAAUUCAUCCGGACUGCGCCAUCAUCUCCCAGCACCUGAGGGCUCGUGAGAUAUGUAGCCAGACGAGGAGGAGCGAGGCGCAAAACCAAACCGACCACAGCGGAUGUAAAACAGAAUGGGAUGAGAUCGGGUGCUGGCUGCGAGCUGAGGUUGGGCAGGUGGUCAAUUUGUCCUGCUCUGAAGUCUUCCAGCAUUUCUCCAGCAAUCAAGGGUAUGUUUACAGGAACUGUACUGCUGACGGUUGGUCGGAAAUGUAUCCACCCUAUGAGGAGGCCUGCGCGUUCAGCGAUGACAGCGAGCCUGAGUCCGAGACGAGUUACCUUUAUACCUUCAGACAGGUUUACACCGUAGGCUACGCCACGUCACUCAUCUCCCUCAUUACAGCCAUCGUGGUGUUCGCAGCCUUCAGGAAGUUCCGCUGCACCAGAAACUACAUCCACAUCAACCUGUUCGCCUCCUUCAUCCUGAGAGCCAGUGCCGUCUUCAUUAAAGACACCGUGCUGUUUGCUGAUGAGACCCUGGACCACUGCUCCAUGUCCACGAAAGCGUGCAAGUCAGCCGUGGCUUUCUUCCAGUUCAGCAUCCUGGCCAAUUACUUCUGGCUGCUGGUGGAGGGCAUGUAUCUGCAGACACUGCUGGCUCUGACCUUCGUCUCACAGAGGAAAUACUUCUGGUGGUAUAUCCUGAUUGGAUGGGGGCUCCCAUCUACAGUUCUCAUACUGUGGGUUUUGACCAGAUUCUUCUAUGAUGACAGAGGUUGCUGGGAUGAUACAGACAAUGUUGGCAUCUGGUGGAUUAUUAAGGGACCAAUAACAGCCUCACUGCUGAUCAACAUAGUCAUCUUCGUCAACGUCAUCCGGAUUCUGGUUGAAAAGCUUAAAUCUUCUGCCAUGACAGGGAACAAUGACACUGGACACUUUAUGAGGCUGGCAAAAUCCACCCUGUUCCUGAUUCCUCUGUUUGGGAUGCACUACACUGUAUUUGCCUUCUUGCCUGAGAACACUGGAGUAGCAGCCAGACUCUACAUCGAGCUGGGACUGGGCUCCUUUCAGGGGUUUGUGGUGGCGCUUCUUUACUGUUUCAUGAAUGGAGAGGUCCAAACAGAGCUGCGGAGGUGGCUGUGGAAGUGCCACAAUCAAAGUCAUCUCACACCAGCUAAGAGAAGCAUCACUCAGAUCACAAUUCGGACUCAUGGGGGGCUCGGGCUGCCUGCUUCUAGUGGCAACAUCUCUUCUGUAUGAUUUCAGAGAUCAUUAAUGAAGAAAAUGUUUCACAAAGGAAAAGGAAGGGGAAAAAUGAAUCAGUCCUUGGAGCUGAACAUGCUGAUGACAUUAAUUCAACAACCCCUCUCUAAGAACAGGUUACCAGAAUGAGCACAGGUG